AUGAUCAGCUCUAGCCUCACUUCGUUUUUCAUCUUUUUUAGCAAACCUUUUGUGGGCGUAGCUUUUCGUUAUCAUAAUUUUGCCAUACUCGUCGUUAUUUUGAUUGCAUCUUUUCUUGAAGGAUGCCUGUCCGUGUUCACGUGGUAUACUGUGGCGCGUGAGGAUAUGAGCCUAAGUUCAAAGCCUUCAAAAGGGAGCUUGAGCGGCGUCUUCCCGGCCAAGUGCAAGUCACUGGCGAAGGGACACCGCAGAGCACUGGGUGGUUCGAAGUCACAAUUGAUGGUCAACAACUCGUGCAUUCCAAAAAGGUUCAAACCGUCUCUCAUAGUCAGCUCUAGCGUGGAACGCCCGUUGUUCGACUGUUUGUGA